ACGCUGCCGCAAAGCGCGUCUCCAGUGUCGCGAAGCAGCCCCUGAUCUUCGGCGUGUGAAACCCCGUCCGGUCUCUCCGUACGGCACCCCAGCUGAAGACGAAAGAUGCCCGCCAAAGGUCCUCUGCAGUCGGUCCAGGUCUUCGGACGCAAAAAAACCGCCACAGCCGUCGCCCACUGCAAGAGGGGGAAUGGCCUGAUCAAGGUGAACGGCAGACCCCUGGAGACUGUGGAGCCUGCGACCCUCCAGUACAAGCUUCUGGAACCCGUGCUGCUGCUCGGUAAGGAGCGUUUUGCUGGAGUUGACAUCAGAGUCCGGGUGAAGGGUGGUGGACAUGUGGCACAGAUCUAUGCUAUCCGCCAGGCCAUCUCCAAGUCCCUGGUCGCAUACUACCAGAAGUAUGUCGAUGAAGCCUCCAAGAAGGAGAUCAAGGACAUCCUGAUCCAGUACGAUAGGACCCUGCUGGUGGCCGACCCCCGUCGCUGCGAGUCCAAGAAGUUCGGUGGACCCGGAGCUCGUGCCCGCUACCAGAAGUCCUACCGUUAAAUGCCCUGUACAUUUUCAUAAUAAAUUGGGAAGAACAAAUAA